AGGAAGAGAUGAUGCAGCAGCGGUCUGACAUUUCAGAUUGAGUCUAUCGGUAACUACUGAUCUGAAAACAUGGCAACAGGAGAUCAUGUGUCUGAAGUGGGGCUUAUUGUCCUGGGAGACAGUUGGUCAGAAAAGAGUUCAGUUGGAACCCUAAUCCUGGAAAAGACGGAAUUUAAUCCAAGGGAAGAGCCAAAAUCUUCAACAAUAGUCCAACAAGAAAUUCAGGAAAAGGAGCUGAUUAUUAUCAACACACCAGAUCUGCUUCAGUCUGGGAUGACAGAAGAAGUGCUAAAAGCUGAAAUAGACUCUUAUUUGAGACUUUGUGCUUCUAUUCCUCAUCUGUUUCUGAUUGUUGUUCAGCCAGAAACCUUCACAGAGGAAAAAAAAAAAAGUUUUACAAACUUUAUGAACUUUUUGGUGAUAGGUUAUUUGUCAGUACACUGGUUCUGAUAUCGACAUCUAUGCAGAAGAAUCCAAGUUUAAAUCAAAACCUAAAGGAUAUGAUUAAAAGAUGUGGAAACAAUUCAUUCAUCCUGAAAGACGAUUAUCGCAAAGAGUUGCUGAAGAAAAUUGACAAAAUUCUAAAGAAAAUUAAAGAAGAACAAAAAAGCUUUAAAUAUUCAGAAAUAUGUCAACAGAGGGAGGUUUCUUCAGCUGCUGGUGCUUCCUCGCUUGGUGGCCUGCUAAGACGGAGAGAAAGCAAUCAGUUUCUGCCACCUCAUAUGUCUAAAGCCUGGCUUAUUCUCCUGGGAGACAGCUGGUCAGAAAACAGCUUGGUUGGAAACAUAAUCCUGGGAAAGACUGUAUUCAAAUCAAUGGAAAACCCAAACUCAUCCAUAAGAGUAAAAAAAAAAUUUCAGAAAACCAACUUGGUUGUCAUUAACACACCAGAUCUGCUUCAUCGUCGGAUGCCAGAAGAAAAACUAAAAGUAGAAGUAGACUCUUAUUUGAGACUUUGUGCUUCUAUUCCUCAUCUGCUUCUGUUGGUUGUUCAGCCUGAAAACUUCACAGAGGAACAGAAAGAGAGGUUCUACAAAGUCUCUGAACUUUUCGGCCAUCAGUCAUUUGAUAGAACACUGGUUCUGAUAUCAACAUCUACACAGAAGAUUCCAAGUUCAAAUCAAGAUUUAAGCGAUGUGGUGAAAAGAUGCGGAGACAAUUCACUCAUCCUGAAGGAAAAUGAUCAUGACAUGUUGCUCAGAAAAAUCUGCAACAGUUUAGAAAAGAGAAAGGACACAUACAUAGGCUUUCAAUAUCCAGAAAUACAACAACAAAAACAAGUUUUUUCACCUUCUGCUGCUGCCCGUGGUGCUGGAGAUAAAGAAAAGUGGACAAAUGAAUGCCUCCGGAUUGUUCUAAUUGGGAAGACUGGUUGUGGAAAGAGCUCUUCAGGAAAUACUAUCCUGGGUAGAGGAGAGUUUGACUCUAAACCUAGCCAAAAAUCAGUCACAAAGUGUUGUAAGAAGUCCAUUGGUGAGGUGGAGGGCCGUCCUGUUGCUGUGGUGGACACUCCUGGUUUUUUUGAUGACUGUUUACCAAACAAAUCAGUAAAACAAGAAGUGGUGAAAUGUAUCAGCCUUCUGGCACCAGGUCCAAAUGUUUUCCUGCUGGUGGUACCAAUUGGAGGACGAAACACACCAGAGGAGAAAGAAACAUUAAAACUUAUCAAAGAAGGUUUUGGGCAGAAUUAUGAAAAGUACACCAUCAUUCUUUUUACCAGAGGAGAUUUGCUGAAAGGUAAACAGUCCAUAGAAGAAUAUGUUGAAAGAAGGUGCGAUGUCUCCUUUAAAAAGUUUAUUGGCAACUGUGGGGGAUACCAUAUGUUUGACAACAACGACACCCAAAACCGCAGACAGGUUAUAGAGCUGGUCAGAAAGAUUGAUACCUUGGUGGCUAAAAAUGGAUGCUUUACCAAUGAGAUGCUGCAAGAGGCUGAAACAGCCAUACAGAACCAAAUUCAGCUAAUCCUGAAGGAGAAAGAAGAAGAAAUUGAGCAAGAAAAGAAGAAGCUGGAGGAAAGACACCAGAAGAAAAUGGAUGAAAUGGAAAGA